AUGGCAACGGUAGCCCUGCUCUCGCGGCAGCGCCUGCUGGCCUGCACCUUGCGGCUCUUCGGUGGCGCCCACUCCAGGUGUCUGACGGCGAUGGCCAGAACUACGAGUCCGCCUGGCGAAUCCUGGUCACCGACAAAUCGCCCAAGCCUGCUCCUGCCCACCGCCACCAUCCGCUUCAACCACAAGUCGGCGAACCCGGCGGCAGCUGCUCCAUCUCCCGCUGUCGAUGACUCCUCUGCAGGCGGCAAGGAUGUCAAGACAACCGGCAGCACUUCGUCCAGUGAUCUCUUCGGCGAGGCGGCCAACAUGGGUCUGUUCGCCAAGUUCAAGCACAUGUACAAACAGUACUGGUACGUGCUCAUCCCGGUGCACGUGCUCACGUCGGUGGGCUGGUUCGGAGGCUUCUAUUACCUGUCCAAGAGUGGCGUUGAUGUGCCCGCUCUGCUGCAGUACGUACACCUCAGCGAGAACAUCAUUGAGAAGGUCCAGGGCUCGGAUAUGGGCCACUAUGCCAUUGCCUAUCUCUGCUACAAAGUGGCCACGCCCCUGCGUUACGCCCUCACUUUGGGCUGCACCACAGUGUCCAUUAAGUACCUGGUACAGCACGGCUACAUCAAGCCGAUGCCCACCAAAAACGAGUUGAUCAAAAUGUACGAACACAAAAAGGCCACGCGAGCCAGCGCCAAGGCGGACAAGGCCGAGAAGGACGAGAGCAAAUGAUCCUCGGCCACGGGCGAGGACACCGCCACUUCGGCGGAGUCGUUGCC